AUGGGGGAGCUCCCCCAAGCCUGGGGAAGGGGACCCAGUACAGGAGGUGACUGGAGCCGUGGCGGCGGCGGCGGCGACGGCGGCGGCGGCGGCGGCGGCGGCGGGAGCAGCGGUGGCGGCGAUCUCAGCCUCAGCAGCCUAGGCUCGAGCCCUGGCCAGGGCGGCGUAGCAGACAAUAACCGGGCUGGAAACCCGACCCGGCGGGAUCCAACUGGGAUGCUUCCUGACUGAUGAUGUAACACUGCUUGGAAGCCAGAAGGCUGCUUUUCUAGCUGAACAUACCUGAGUUGUCCCCAUCACCAUGGAGACU